AUGAAGCAUUGGAAGGUGACAAAGUCAGGGGGAGAUGGUUGGCAGAUUAUAGAUUUACUUGAAGAAGGCUGCAGUGAACAUGUCCUUGACGUUGUGAGGCCCAGCAUUCGAGUAUCAGAGUGGUAUGCAGCAAGGUUUGAUUGCGCAGCCAAAUAUGUCCUGAAAGUAGCCUUGCGUAAAGACAAUAAGAAGGAGUUGUUUUGGAAGCAGAGAAUACCAGAAAACUGCUUAUAUGUUGCCAAAGAAAUUCUUUCAGCAGGUCGAGACUGGUUCAAAGCUGAGCACGUUUUUAAAGAUUACCCAGCAGGUGUGCGAUACAUUGGCUUCUUUCACAAGGGGAAGGACAGGCAGUUCUGGGCAGGCCACUUUGGAGCCAAGUUAACAUUUGGUUCAGUUGUCAUUGACUUCAUUUAUACAGCAUUGACAGAAUGA